UCUCUGGCAGCCUGUCGGAGGAGACCUGCACUGAUCUCUGCUCUGGAGGAUGCACCUAUCUGAAGGAGGGUAUCACUGAGAAGCUUCACUUUUCAUCCUGACUCCCCACUAGUAAUGAAUCUGUGAGAGGACGAGCAAAGAAGCACACUACAAAAUGGCAGACAAGGAUAGUGUUGAAAAAUACUUGGAGAAUAACCCUCAGUUUGCCAAAGAAUAUUUCGACAAGAAUGUCCGAUGCGAGGUCAUCGCCGCUGCUUUUACCGAGAACCUUGAUAUCAAAGAUCCAGCCUCGUUCAAGGAUGUCAGCCAAAUCCAGGAGGCCACCAUCAUCUUUGACAUGAUCAAAGAAAUGCAUUCGCAGCCCAUUAUGGAAAAGGCCAUGCACAAGGUCCUGCAGAGGAUAUGUAUGCUGGUGAACGCAGACCGCUGCAGCUAUUUCAUAUACCGAGCCAGAAACGGCAUCCCUGAGCUCGCUACGUGUCUUUUCGAUAUCACCCCUACCUCGAAAUACGAGGCAAACUUGGUCAACCCUCAAUCUGAAAUUGUCUUCCCUACUGACAUUGGCAUAGUUGGCCAAAUAGUGACCACCAAAAAACCAGCUAAUGUUCCCGAUGUCAAACAGAAUCCCAAAUUCAGUGAUUUUGUGGACAAGCAAACAGGAUACACCACUAAAAACAUGCUGGCUGCCCCUCUCAUGAACGGGAAAGACCCACUUGGUGUGGUCAUGGUAAUAAACAAAGUGGGAGGAAAUGAAUUCUCCAAAGCAGAUGAAGACCUCUUCUCCAAGUACAUCACCUUCGCCACAGUCAUUGCCCUACAGCAUUACACCUCAUACAUGUAUAAUGUGGAAUCUAGAAGAAGCCAGGUUCUUCUAUGGACUGCGAGCAAAGUGUUUGAAGAGUUGACGGACAUUGAGCGACAGUUUCACAAGGCCCUGUACACCGUCAGGACCUACCUCCAGUGCGAGAGGUACUCUGUCGGCCUUCUGGACAUGACCAAAGAAAAGGAGUUCUACGAUGAGUGGCCGGUUAAAUUGGGAGAUGUGGAGCCGUACAAAGGCCCAAAGACACCUGACGGCAGGGAAAUCAAUUUCUACAAGAUCAUUGAUUAUCUCUUAGAGAGCAAAGAAGAGAUCAAAGUCAUACCAGAUUUUGGUCCAAAGAUUUGUAACAUGAUGAAUGUUGCUGCUGAUGAUUACUUUACAUUCCAGAAAGAAGCUGUGGACGAGUCUGGUUUCCUCAUCAAAAACGUCCUGUCCCUUCCUAUUGUCAACAAGAAAGAAGAAAUUGUGGGUGUUGCCACUUUCUUCAAUCGGAAAGAUGGCAAGCCAUUCGAUGAGCAGGAUGAACAAAUUACUGAAGCCCUAACACAGUUCCUAGGAUGGUCUGUACUGAAUUGUGACACAUAUGACAAACUGAAUCGGACAGAGUGGAGAAGAGAGAUUGCAGCGGAAAUGGUCAUGUACCAGACCAAAGCCACCCCAGCUGAAGUCCAACAGAUUCUGAACACGAAGGAGAAGUUUGACAUGAACCCUGAGGACUGCGAUCAGAGAGAAAUGUACAAACUCUUGAGAGCCAACAUUCCAGAAGCCAAAGAUGUUGAUCUGCUACUAUUUAGUUUUAGUGACUUGCCUGUCUCUGAGCUUGACCUUAUCAAGUGUGGCAUUCGCUGUUUCUUUGAACUUGGAGUGGUAGAGAAGUUCAAAGUGCCAGCAGAGGUCCUGACAAAAUGGAUGUACACUGUACGAAAAGGCUACAGAGAUAUCACAUACCAUAACUGGAGGCACGGGUUUAACGUGGGCCAGACCAUGUUCUGUCUUCUGCAAACUGGAAGGCUGAGAAAAUACUACUCCGACCUUGAUGCCUUUGCGAUGGUAGCGGCUGCAUUCUGUCACGACAUUGACCACAGGGGUACCAACAAUCUCUACCAGACAAAGAGCACAUCACCACUGGCCAAGCUCCAUGGCUCCUCCAUCUUGGAAAGGCACCAUCUUGAUUACAGCAAGACGCUGAUGGCAGAAGAGAGCGUUAACAUUUUCCAAAGUCUGCAGAAACGCCAGUUUGAGACAGUCCAGCACUUGCACGAUGUCUGCAUCAUUGCAACUGACCUGGCCUUGUAUUUCAAAAAAAGGACCAUGUUCCAGAAGAUCGUUGAUGCCACCGAACCAAUGGCUGAUGAGAAGGAAGCGAUUGCCUAUGUGGCCAACAAUCCCAUUAGGAAGGAAAUCAUUAUGGCAAUGAUGAUGACUGGAUGUGACUUGUCUGCCAUUACCAAGCCAUGGGAGGUCCAGAGCAAAGUGGCUCUCAUGGUGGCAGCUGAAUUCUGGGAGCAGGGAGACCUGGAGAGGACUGUGCUAGACCAACAACCCAUUCCCAUGAUGGACAGGAACAAGUCGGAUGAACUUCCGAAAAUGCAGUGUGGUUUCAUUGACUUCGUGUGCUCGUUUGUGUACAAGGAAUUUUCAAGGUUCCACAAAGAGAUCACUCCCAUGUUCGAUGGCCUGAACAACAACAGGGUCCAUUGGAAGGAACUGGCUGAUAUUUAUCAAGCAAAAGUAGACGCUAUAGAGAAUGAACGAAAACGACUAGAAGAGGAGCAGGCUAAAAAAGCCGCUGGUGAGGAUGGUGGAGAGGGAGGAAAGUCCAAAACCUGUACCAUAUUUUAAACAUCAUCUGACAGAAAUUCAGAGCCACAGAGAAGUCUGGGCCAGCAUGUAGAGGGAGGUGAAACGUGCUCCUAGGACCACUACAUUUUCACCAGCUUUCUGUCUCAUUUCCUCGGAAGUACCUUCUCCAAGUGAACACGUAGGCAUUCACCAGAAAGGGAAGAACUGUACCUGUCAGAUGUUCUUUAUGAUGGGGUGCCAGCCUAGUGCACCAUAUAGACAAUUUCAAGCUUGUACCUAAUCACUGAUUUCACCUCGACUGUACCUUUUAACAACUAACUACGCUGGAGGAAGUACUGCAUAUGCAACUUGCCACACAGUGGUGGCCGAAAACACAACUCUACAAAUGUUUAUAGUGCUGUAGUUCACAGAGCUUACCUGAUGUACGGCUUUUGAGUCCAUAACAGUUCUCAAGACUGUUGUAUGUCAUGCAAACAGCAUAACAUUAAGAAUUAGAGCAAUACGUAUGAACAACUUUCUUACCAGUUGCUAAUUUCUCAAAAUAGCAUACUUCUCGAUUUCAUAGGAGUUCCAAUUUGAUAUUUAUUCUUUUGAUGAAUUCACUGAAUCACACUUAAGGGUGAAGUGUGUAAUUUCUCCACCAAGUGAGAAUUGCAAAAAUGCUGACAAGUUUCGAUGUUUUCGAACAAGUUUCCUCAACACACCCCUCAUCUGUAAUUGGUCAAACACACAGAUAGCCCCGCCCCCAAACAAACACCAUUGGUGUUUCUGUUGUUGGGCUGCCUAAUGUUUUAAUAGCAGAACACUUUUUUUUUUUUUUUUUUGUGAAAUCAACUUCUUUUAGAUUUCUCUGCAUAUUAACUUGGUUUGAAAGCAUUUUAACAUCACAUUAAAUGACACACUUUACUUUUAAACUACCGCAAAGCAUAUUUUAAUACAUUUCAGUUGCUUUGUUUAGGGUUGAAGGACCAACUCAUUUGAAUAAGCUUUUAGAAGCUGAUUUCUUAUUAGCAAGCGCUUUGUGAAAUGUACAAAGAUCUCAUGCUACAAGUCUUGCACACUGACUACGAGUUGUUCAAAGGAAAGAUGGCACUGCCAAGGCUAAAGAUCUUGCAAGUUGCAUUUGCAUCUGCUUGUCGCAGUUGUGUUUGGAUGGAUGUCUUUUCUACUUUUUUGUUCUCCAAAGAAGAUGAAGCUGAGAAUGCGAUAUGGCUAAUUCUGUGAAUAUGUGGAGAACA